GCCCGCAGCAAAGCCACCGGCGAACUGGCCGCCAUGAAGGUCGUCAAGAUGGAGGCAGACGCCGACUGCGCGGCGCUGCAGCAGGAGGUGCUCGUGGGGCGCUCCUGCCGGCACCCCAACAUCGUCGCCUACUUCGGCAGCUACAGCUGGUGCAACAAGCUGUGGAUCUGCAUGGAGCUGUGCGGCGGGGGCUCCCUGCAGGACAUCUACCACGUGACGGGGCCCCUCUCGGAGCAGCAGAUCGCCUACGUGUGCAGGGAGACCCUGGAGGGGGUCUCGUACCUGCACUCCCAGGGCAAGAUCCACCGGGACAUCAAGGGCGCCAACAUCCUCAUCAACGACAGCGGGGAGGUGAAGCUGGCCGACUUCGGCAUCGCCGCCCAGAUCAGCGCCACCUUCGCCCGGCGGAUGUCCUUCAUCGGCACCCCGUACUGGAUGGCCCCCGAGGUGGCGGCGGUGGAGCAAGGGGGGUACAACGAGCUCUGCGACGUCUGGGCCGUGGGCAUCACCGCCGUGGAGCUGGCCGAGCUGCAGCCCCCCCUCUUCGACCUGCACCCGCUGCGGGUGCUGUUCCUCAUGUCCAAGAGCGGCUACCAGCCCCCCAAGCUGAAGGAUAAGGGCAAGUGGUCCCCCGCCUUCCACAACUUCGUCAAGGUGACGCUCACCAAGAACCCCAAGAAGCGGCCCAGCGCCGCCAAGAUGCUCAGCCACCAGUUCGUGGCCCAGCCGGGGCUGAGCCGGACCCUCACCCUGGAGCUGCUGGAAAAGGUCCGGGACCCCGAGAGGCUCCUGGAGGGCUGCGACCCCGACGAGGAGGAGCCCGAGCCGCCGCCGCCGCCGGUGCCGCGCCGCAUCCACUCGACGCACCGGCAGCUGCCGGGCCGCGGCGACGCCGACCUCGACCUGCACCCGCUCGGUGGGGGUCCUGGCUGGCAGAAGGAGGGCGACCCCUCGGUGCAGCCGGUGCUGGUGGCAGAGCCCAGCUGUGGCAGGGCCGCGCGCGGGGGCGACGCGUCGGACUCCGACGACUACGACGACGUGGACAUACCCGGCCGCUGCGACGCCGACAGCGCCACCCUGCCCGCCGACGUGCCCCCCCCUGUCCCCCCACAGCCCAAGUUCCACUCGGGCUCGGCCGAGGCCCCCCCUGAGGACACGCGCCCGCGUUCCCGCGGUCCCCUCCUGGAGCAGCCGCCCCCCCCGGCCCUGGUGCGCUGCGCCAGCGGCCCCGCGGGGGGGCUCGGCCCCCCGGCCCCCGCCCGCGGGGUGGCCCUCGCCGCCAGUUCAGACCCUGCGCUGUGGUCGGGGCCCAGCGCCGAGGACCCCCCACUGCUGCCCCCCAAGACGGAGAAGAUCCGGAGAGCGGUGCCGGCGGACAACGGGGGGGCUGCCCCGAAGCCGCAUGAAGGGUCCCUCUUCAGGAAGGUGUUUGACGGGUGUCCCCUGCACAUCACGGCCACCACCACCUGGACCCACCCCGGCACCCAAGACCCACACCUCAUCCUGGGAGCCGAGGAGGGGAUCUUCACGCUGAACCAGAGCGAGCCCGAGGCCACGCUGGAGCUGCUCUACCACAGCCGCACGUCCUGGCUCUACUCCAUCGGCAACGUCCUCAUGUCGGUGUCGGGGAAGACGCCCCAGCUCUACUCCCACAGCCUGCUGGGGCUCUACGAGCAGAGCAAGAGGGAGCAGCGCCCCGGGGUGCACAUCUCCCCCCACCGCCUGCUGCCCAGGAAGAACGUCACCUCCACCAAGAUCCCCGACACCAAGGGCUGCCGGACCUGCUGCGUGGCCAGGAACGGGCAGACGGGGUGCCACUACCUGUGCGGGGCGCUGGACGCCGGCGUGGUGCUGCUCCAGUGGUACGAGCCCAUGCAGAAGUUCAUGCUGGUCAAGCACUUCGACUUCCCGCUGCCGUCGCCGCUGCGGGUCUUCGAGAUGCUGGUGAGCCCGGGCGAGGAGUACCCCAGCGUGUGCAUCGGCGUGAGCCGCGGCCCCUCGCCCGCCCAGCCCGUCCGCUUCCACACCAUCAACCUCAACUCCCUCACCUCCUGGUUCACCCACGCCGGCUCUGAGCCCUCCUGCCCCGGCCCCGUGCAGGUGACGCAGCUGGACAGCGAGACAGUGCUGGUCCUGCUCGACCGGAGCGUGAAGAUCGUCACCCUGCAGGGCGCCCCGGCGCGGCACCUGGCAGCCCCCGACAUCGCCUUCGACGUGGCCGUGGAGGCCGUGGCGCUGGUCCGCGGCUGCGUCCAGGCCUUCUGGCGCCAUGGGGUGCAGGUGCGGCAAGUGGGCACGGCGCAGCUGACGGAGGAGCUCCGGGACCAGCGCUGGACCUUUCGCCUGCUCAGCUCCCACAGCACCCUGGUCCUGGAGACCCGCUCGGUCGACGAGGCCAAUGGCCACAGCAACCUCUACGUCCAGGCGUGACCCCCCCCCCCCCCCAAAAAAAAUGGGGACUGGGGCAGUGUGGGGGGGUGCACCCAUGGGUGGGCUGUGCCCCCCCCAGCAUUGCCCCCCCCUCCUC